UUCACAUGUGUUGGUUAAACAUAUAGUGAUAUUCACCAAACGAUUGAUAGAUCACCUUUAUGCGCAUGUGUAUUAUUGUAUUGUCAUUUUACAUAAAAAUAAAUGUUCUGUCCAAGAUGAUAAGUAAAUAAUAGAAAUAGAGAAGUGGAAAUUUUUUUAUGGUACAAGCAGAACAGUAGAAGACAUUAUUGCAUUUUAUUAAUAUGAUAAACGUUAUUUUGUAAACGUGUCUAUCAAGAUAAUUUUUAAUUACCAAAAAAAUUAUAAUUAACAAAUUAUCGUAAUGGUGGAAGUAUCAGGUUGUGGUGAAUUACAACAAUUAGUUCAAGAAGAAGAAUGUGAGGAACCACUUAGUCGUGGUGGUGAAGCUACACCUCCUUCAACACCAGCAAGAUCACAACAUCCAAGUAAAAAUGAAACACAUAGUUCUCAUGUAUCGCAACAAGUAUUAUGGGAAAGCAAUACUCAGACUUCUCCUAUUGUUAGUAAGGGUAGUUCUGGCCAAGCAACUAGUCAAGGUUCUAUGGUUUCUGGUAGAGCCAUUAAUUUUUCAAAUCAUACUGCCAAUCAGUCUCGUUUGAUUUAUCUUAAUGAAAAAGAGAAACAAAGACCUAAUCGACCAGAACCUCCAAGGCUCAAUCGACAACAAAAAGAUAUGACACCAUGCAAACAUCAUUGUUUUUUAUCAGAGGUACCUGAUGUCAGACGCAUGGAACAAGCUUUAUUACAACUAUUAGAAGAUUUUCAUAGUGGAAAUUUACGAGCUUUUGGUAAAGAUUGCAGUAUGGAACAUAUGACAGAGAUAAGAGAACAGCAAGAACGUCUAGCCAGACUUCAUUUUGAAUUGGGUCAGAGACAAGAAGUUGGUAGCGAACAAUCUGGCUUAAGACAAUCAAGUGCAAAUAUGAGACAUUUACUUCAUCGUCUUCAACAACUUAGUGUUUGCAUUGAGAAGCUACAUAGUAAAUAAAUUUAAUAUUAAACAGUAGAAGUAAAUUUUCUACAAUUUUCAUAUUAUACUAAUCCUACAAGAUAAAUAAAUUAUAUCAAAUUUUA